GCUCUGAGCCCCUGGGGCGGUGGGUCACAGUCACUGUGUCGCCAGGGCCGCCGCGCCUCCUGGUGAAGUUAGUGGGGAGUGCGCUAGGCCUGGACUUCAGCCUCCCAAGAAUCUGCAAAUUGUGAAAAACCAUUCAGCAAACCUUAAAUAAGCUGUAUGGGGGAGGCGGUUGUGGAGUAUGAAGACACAGAGCACUGUUCCUUCUCUCCAGGUCACAUUACAGGGAGGCCUAACCCCGUGGGCUCUAGGUUCCGGCGGGCACUGCACUCUCCCUCCCAAGGCCUCCCGCCUGACUUUCCGCCUUCCGGAGGCUUUCCCUCAACUUUCCAGCCAGCUGCCCCUGACACAAUCCUGGGAGAGUUUAAUUGGGUACUGCCCUGAACGUGGCUUAUUUUGGACUUUUCGAGUGCUGAGAUGGAUCAAUCUUCCUGUCCUAAACCUUACUAAGGAUCCCCUGAAGACCCCUGGGAGGUUGGACCAUGGCACAAGAACGGCCUUCAUCCACCACCGGGAACAAGUGUGGAAGAGAUGCAUCAACAUUUGGCGUGAUGUGGGACUUUUUGGUGUGCUGCAUGAAAUUGCAGACUCAGAGGAGGAGGUGUUUGAGUGGGUGAAGACGGCAUCCAGCUGGGCCCUGGCACUCUGUCGAUGGGCCUCCUCCCUCCAUGGGUCUCUGUUUCCCCAUCUGUCUCUCAGGAGUGAAGAUCUGAUUGCUGAAUUCGCUCAAGUCACAAACUGGUCCAGCUGCUGCUUGAGGGUCUUUGCGUGGCACCCACACACCAACAAGUUUGCGGUGGCCCUGCUAGAUGACUCCAUCCGUGUGUAUAAUGCCAACAGCACUAUAGUCCCCUCCCUGAAGCACCGGCUGCAGCGAAAUGUGGCGGCCCUGGCCUGGAAGCCCCUCAGUGCCUCCGUCUUGGCUGUGGCCUGCCAGAGCUGCAUUCUCAUCUGGACCCUGGACCCCACGUCCUUGUCUACCCGACCCUCUUCCGGCUGUGCCCAAGUGCUCUCUCACCCUGGGCACACGCCUGUCACCAGCUUGGCCUGGGCCCCCAGUGGGGGUCGGCUACUCUCAGCUUCACCUGUGGACGCUGCCAUCCUGGUAUGGGAUGUCUCAACAGAGACCUGUGUUCCCCUUCCCUGGUUUCGGGGAGGUGGGGUUACCAACCUGCUCUGGUCCCCGGAUGGCAGCAAAGUCCUGGCUACCACUCCUUCAGCUCUCUUUCGAGUCUGGGAGGCCCAGAUGUGGACUUGUGAGCGGUGGCCUACCCUAUCAGGGCGAUGUCAGACUGGCUGCUGGAGUCCUGAUGGAAACCGCCUGCUAUUCACUGUGUUGGGGGAACCAUUGAUUUACUCCUUGUCGUUCCCAGAACGUUGUGGUGAGCGAAAGGGGUGCGUUGGAGGCGCGAAGUCAGCUACGAUUGUGGCAGAUCUGUCUGAGACGACAGUACAGACACCAGAUGGAGAGGAAAGGCUUGGGGGAGAGGCUCACUCCAUGGUCUGGGACCCAAGUGGGGAGCGGCUGGCUGUGCUCAUGAAAGGAAAUCCACGGGUCCAGAAUGGUAAACCAGUCAUCCUCCUUUUUCGCACUCGAAACAGCCCUGUGUUUGAGCUACUUCCUUGUGGCGCUGUCCAGGGGGAGCCAGGAGCCCAGGCCCAGCUCAUCACUUUCCAUCCUUCCUUCAACAAAGGAGCUCUGCUCAGCGUGUGCUGGUCCACGGGCCGGAUCGCCCACAUCCCUCUGUACUUUGUCAAUGCCCAGUUUCCACGUUUUAGCCCAGUGCUUGGCCGAACUCAAGAGCCCCCAGCUGGGGGCGGAGGCUCUAUUCAUGAUCUGCCCCUCUUUACUGAGACGUCCCCAACCUCUGCCCCUUGGGACCCUCUCCCAGGGCCACCCCUUGGUCGGCCCCACUCCCCUCACUCCCGCAUUCAAUAAUAAAAAGUGUCCUUUUUUUGUUUUCCAUUCGA